AUGGUGAACGACUCUGAUGUGCAAACUCGCUACAAUGUUUGCGAUCGUAUACAGGAUGGAUCUCUGGCCGUUCAAGACGGCAGAACGAUCGCGCCACUCAUCAACAAUCUCCUCUCCCAGCCAGGGUGGGUAGCCCGCAUCGCGACGCAAGACUGGCACCCCGCCAACCAUAUUUCGUUCGCCAGUAAUCAUCCACCACCAGAUAACCGACCUUUUGAAUCCUUUGCAAAGAUGAACAACCCUGCGCCGGACAAGAAAGAGGAGAGCAUGCCCCUUCAGCUGUGGCCGGACCACUGUGUAGCUGCCACUUCGGGGGCUGAUCUAAUCCCGGAGAUUGACACGCGCUUCAUAGAUUACUUUGUGCGCAAGGGCAUGGACCCUCAGAUCGAGAUGUACUCUGCCUUUGCUGACGCAUUUGGUAAUUUGGACCCUACCGUGACGGCACGGUCCGUCAGUGAGGAUGUUGCCUCGAUUCUGGUGAAGAAAGGAGUCACGGAUGUAUUCGCCGUGGGGUUGGCGGGCGACUAUUGUGUCAAGUGCACGGCGAUCGAUGCUGUCAAGGCUGGCUUCCGCAGUUGGGUUAUUGACCAAGGAACCAAGUGUGUUGUGCCAGAGAACUGGGCAAAAGUCAAGGAGGAGCUUCGGGUCGCUGGGGUCUCGGUGAUCCAUGCAGAUGAUCCCAUCGUGAAAAAGCUCAGCAAAGCUCUGUGA